AUGAAUGGCAAUGUAAUAACUUAUUUAAUUUAUAACCUUGCAAAACAGAUGAAAACUAAAUUAUGCAAUUUCCUUCUCGAAGAGUUGUCAACCAUUUUUGCUGAUAGUUAAAAUACAACUUUAGUAUUCUUUGCAAAAGCAUCUAAAGGGAAUAGAUGGACAGUCAAAGAAUAGUUAAUAAAGAAUUUUAUAUCAACAAUAAUGAUCCAUAAAAUUCUAUUAACGCAAAUGAUGAAGUAACAAUCUUAAUUAAAAAACAAUAAAAGUAUGCUUUUAUUAUUCAAAUAACAUAAAAUUUUAUAGUCCCUGAAAAUAUCAAGUUUGUCAUUAAAAUUUAGAUUGGCUGGUUUAACUACUGAUUAUAUAAAUCCUGUCUACAUCUACUUGGUACCAGGUAAUGAAUCAAUUGGUUUCAAACUGAACGAUCCUCCUGAACAAAUUUAUUUCAAGAUUGAGCCUUUGAUUGGAGAAUCACUAGAUUAUUUUAAUUACACUCUUUCCAAUCUUAAACCUGGAAAUUCAAUAAGUUUCUAUUAUUAUUUUGAAAAUUCCGUUCUUGAAAAUGAUGUUAAUAUAUAAUCUAUAAUUAAUGGAAUACCAUUAAUCAAAGACUCAAAAGAAACUUUUGGAUAAUUUUAGUUGCCUAAUGGAAUUACUAAUAAUUCAAUUUCGGUUCUCUGUGAGAUAUCAUCCUCUUAUGGAGCUAAAACUUAUUUAAAACAAGAAGUUUAUGUAAUGAGGAAAAAUUAUGAAUUACAAUAAUUAUACCAAUCGUUCACUAAUAAAACAAAUUUAGAAAACUUAUAAAGUCUUCAUACAAUGAUUGCACUAAUCUAGUUAGAAGAACAUUAAGUAUGCUUGAAAUAAUGCUCAGGGGUUGGGACAUGUGUAAAUAAGAAAUGUUAAUGUCCUCCUGGAUAUUACUUUGCUGAUUGUAGUGGAAAUUAGGAAUAAUAAACAAAAUUCAAUGAUUUUAUGUUUAAUGCUAUGUAAUCCCUGAUCAAAGCACCAAUAAAAAAUAACGAUGAUAUGAAAUUGUUUAGUCAAACUCUCUACUUUUUAACAUAAUUUAGUUCUAAUAAUACAUUAAGUUUAGAAGAUUGCUCUAUUGUUUUACAAUAAUAUAUAAAGAAUACAAAUUCUAGAUUAGAACAGAUAAAUUAAUUUUCAAUAAAUUUAUAAUAUUAAUCAACUGAAGAUUUUAAUUACUCUUAAAUUGAUAUUCGCUCUUUAGUAAACAAAAACGAUUUACAUACAGCUCUUAAAAGUACUGUUUUUAUGUGGGAAAAGACAUUAUUUACUUCAGGUUCAAAUGUUUAUUCAUUAUAAAAUCAACUCAACAAUUUGAUAAACAAUAUCAUUGAAUUAACUAUCUUCUCUUUAAGUCCUAAUGAUAAAGUAGACUUUUCAAUAGAUACUGCAUCUAUAACUGUUUAAAAAUCCUAAAGCCUCCCAUAUAACUCAAGUAGAGUGUUAGAAGAAAUCAAUAGCUAGAAAUCAGCAAUUUAUGAUAUCGUUUAUGCAAUUUACAUUAGAAACUUUUAUGCUUUUGAUGGUUACUUCCCAUACCCAUAGUAAAUUUAUCCAUUAUAUGAUUAUUAAAUCAGAUAGUCCAGUAGAAAAGAAAAUAUAUAGUUAGAUUAGCCAAUUUCCUAUCGAUUUGGAAUUCAAAAUGAUACUACUAAUUUAGUUUGUUUAUAAAGAAAUGCUAAGACCUAUGAAUGGUUUGAUUAAAAUUGCACCAUCUCUGAAAUAAAUUCAACUUACUAUUGUAAUUGUACAACUCUCUCUCCUACAACAAUUUGCAAUGACUAUGAUUUUCUUUAUUAAGGAUCUUCAGGAUUCAGGAUAAGUCUUCCAAAUAUUUUUUACAUCGUUUACAUUAUUUAAUUAAUAAUACUAGGAAUAUUUGUGAGCAAAUCAAAAACAUAAAAUGGAGAAUAAAAAACUGAAGAUACUAAAUUUGGUCGUGUCUUUAAAUUAGCUAAACAUAACAAAGUGAAUGUAAUUGGCAACUAAGUUUAUCCAGUUGAUCAUGAAAAGGACACAAGAGAAUUAAUAAUAAAGCCAGAAGUAGCCAAUAAAGAUAAUAAAAAUGAUAAGUUUCAUUUUAAUUAUUUCUGGAAAUACCACUGCUUAGCAUAAUUGAUAUUUAAAUAGUUAGCUUACCUUAGCCCAUUUAUGAGAUCACUUUUAAUAUUAUUAAGAUGGAAUUCUGCAAUUAUUGUUGGAGAAUUUCUAUCCUUGAUUUACUUUGACUACUAAAUAUCUAUCUGGAUUAUAUUUGCAUCAAUAGUCAUAAUGAGACUUAGUGAGAAUUUCUUAAAAAAAUAAAUAAAGUAUUUUUUUGUCAUGAAAUAAAUUAUUCUGGUGAUAUUAAUCAAAGGUUUUAUAUUUUUACUAUUGGUGUUUACAAUAUUAUGUGGAAUUUACUUUUAUUUACUGAUAGAUGACUAAACAAGUUUGAUACUUUCUUAUUCCGCUGCAAUUAUAAUUGAUAUCCUUCUGCUUGAUAUCAUUAUUUUUGGCUCAAAAAGAUUUUUAGGGGAAAAUAAGAAGAAGAAUAUAAGAAAAAAGAUUAAUGAGCUAAAAUAAAUUGCUAAAGUACAUAAGUAGAACGAUUGA